AUCAGUUCUCUGGUGGCCGGUCUGAGAAGGAUUGCUACGAAAAGGGAAUUUCGUAAAACGCGUCUGCGCUAUUUUGUACGAGUUGCGACGUCACGGAAAUCUCGGUCGCGACAAUGUCGUACUGCACUCGAAUUUCACACGCACAGAAAUUAGCUGGAUUCGCAGCUGAUAUUCAGCAAAGAUGUUUCCAUGCGAGUCCUCUUUCCUUUGCAGCCGCAAAGGUGGCAAUGAGCAAAUUCGAUUCGACAGCCCAUCUUCCAUACGAAAAGUUGGAAGCCACUAUUCACACAGUGAAGAAACGACUCAACCGGCCACUAACUCUAUCGGAGAAGGUUUUGUAUUCCCAUAUUGACGAACCCAACAAACAAGAUAUUGAACGAGGAACGAGUUAUCUGCGAUUGCGACCAGAUCGCGUGGCUAUGCAAGAUGCCACAGCUCAAAUGGCCAUGCUUCAAUUCAUCAGUUCUGGCCUACCAAAGGUGGCCGUUCCCUCCACAAUCCACUGCGAUCACUUGAUCGAAGCGCAGCUGGGUGGCGAACAAGAUUUGCAGCGCGCGAAGGAAGUGAACAAGGAAGUCUACAAUUUCCUGAAAACCGCAGGAGCCAAAUACGGAGUCGGAUUCUGGAACCCCGGCUCAGGUAUCAUUCAUCAAAUCAUCCUCGAGAACUACGCAUUCCCCGGUCUCCUGAUGAUCGGUACCGACUCCCACACCCCCAAUGGAGGUGGAUUAGGAGGACUGUGCAUCGGUGUCGGAGGUGCUGACGCUGUCGACGUAAUGGCCAACAUCCCCUGGGAAUUGAAGUGCCCCAAGGUGAUUGGAGUGAAGCUGACUGGAGAAUUGAAGGGCUGGACGAGUCCGAAGGACAUCAUUCUCAAAGUGGCGGGAAUUCUCACUGUCAAGGGUGGCACUGGUGCCAUUGUCGAGUACUUUGGCCCCGGAGUUGACAGCAUCAGUUGCACUGGAAUGGCGACUAUUUGCAACAUGGGUGCUGAAAUUGGUGCCACGACUUCCGUCUUUCCCUACAACGACCGCAUGAAAUCGUAUCUGCAAGCGACGGAAAGAGGCGACAUCGCCUCGGCUGCUGACAAUUUCAGAGGAUCUCUGCUGACUGCUGAUCCUAAUGCCAAAUACGACCAGGUGGUAGAGUUGGACCUUUCUACUCUGGAACCCCAUGUCAAUGGACCUUUCACUCCCGAUCUUGCGAAUCCGAUUUCCAAACUUGGUGAGAUUGCCAAGAAAGAAGGAUGGCCUAAUGAGAUUAAAGUUGGUCUGAUCGGUUCCUGCACCAACAGCUCUUACGAGGACAUGGGUCGAUGUGCCAAUAUCGCUAAACAGGCUUUGAAGCAUGGACUGAAGGCCAAGUCUGCGUUCAACGUCACUCCUGGAUCCGAGCAAAUCCGUGCCACCAUCGAACGUGAUGGCAUUGCUCAAACUCUUCGUGAAUUUGGUGGAACCGUUCUUGCAAACGCAUGUGGACCCUGCAUUGGCCAAUGGGAUCGACAAGACAUGAAGAAGGGCGAGAAAAAUACUAUUGUCACUUCCUACAACCGAAAUUUCACUGGAAGAAAUGACGCGAAUCCUGCCACUCAUGCCUUCGUAACCAGCCCUGAACUCGUUACUGCUCUGUCCAUCGCUGGUCGAUUGGACUUUAAUCCGUUGAAAGACAGAUUGAAGGGCAAAGAUGGCAAAGAAUUCUUGCUCGAUAAUCCCUUCGGUGAUGAACUUCCCAACCGAGGUUUCGAUCCUGGCAUGGAAACCUACGAUGCACCUCCAGCUGAUGGAUCCAAAGUAAAAGUGGAUGUCGACCCCAAAUCUCAGAGAUUGCAGCUCCUCGAGCCCUUUGAAAAGUGGGAUGGCAAGGAUCUUACAGACCUCACUGUCCUCAUGAAGGUUAAAGGAAAGUGUACCACCGAUCACAUUUCCGCGGCUGGACCGUGGCUCAAAUACCGUGGUCACUUGGACAAUAUUUCCAACAACAUGUUCAUCGGUGCCGUGAACUCAGAGAAUGGAGAGGUGAACAAAAUCAAGAACCAACUGACUGGCGCAUGGGGCGGUGUACCUGAUGUGGCUCGUCAUUACAAGAAGAAUGGAGUAAGGUGGGUGGUAGUUGGCGACGAAAAUUACGGAGAGGGCUCAUCUCGGGAACAUGCUGCGUUGGAACCUAGACAUCUUGGUGGACGCGCGAUCAUCGUCAAGAGCUUCGCCCGUAUUCACGAAACUAAUCUUAAGAAACAGGGUGUCCUGCCUUUAACCUUCGCCAAUCCGAGCGAUUAUGACAAGAUCCAACCUACCGACAAGAUCAGUCUCCUGGGUCUCAAGGAUCUCACACCUGGAAAGCCUGUGCAAGCCGAAAUCAAACACAAGGAUGGCAAGGUUGACAAGAUCACCCUCAACCACACAUUGAACGAACAACAAAUCACGUGGUUCAAAGCUGGAUCGGCUUUGAAUCGUAUGAAGGAGAUCGCAGCGGGUCAAAAAUAAAGCAAUAAAUAAAAAUAAAUAAAAGCGAAUCGCUGUGAAACACCAAACCAGGCCCUCUCCACUCUAAAAGUCCCUCUAGGUGAAGUCUGGACAGUUUUCUAAUUAUAAUCCUUUUUAAUAUUAAAACUUAAAUUGAAAAAUGAAUACAAAAGAGAUAUAAUUUUUCCAUUUUUAGCAUAUCCCUAGGGAAGGCUUUGUUCUUCUCAGUUUUGAAUUACUGAGUGGUGGGGGUCUGCCCGAAAAUAUGCAGGUAGUUACACAUAGACUGAAUUAGAAUAUUUGACACGACUAAUUCGAUGUUUUCUGCCAGAUCGCAGUAGGCUAAGUUUCGACUGAGAAAAAAAAAUCAAUGAAAUUGUUUUUUUUUUUUUUUUUACGAUAAAACUCAGA